GGGGGGAAGAAAAAGGGGAGCAAAGCACCUUCAUAGGGCCCAUGACAUGUCUCCUCAAUAGACCCCGAGAUGUGAUUGUCAUCUUUCUCCACUGCACUAUCCUAUUCUUUCACCUCCGUUCCCCUUUUCCCCUGCCAUUUCUUGCCAAAAAUACACUACAAUUCUCCUCCCAUAAUCAUGUCCAGCGACAGAAGAAAAGAUUCCGCGGAAGGGUCGUCACGAUCCACCGCCGCUGGCAACCUUCAGAACCAGCAGCAACCGGCACCGUUGAGCAGGUACGAGUCCCAGAAGCGGCGAGACUGGAACACUUUCGGGCAGUACCUGAAGAAUCAGACACCGCCAGUUUCUCUUUCGCAGUGCAACUGCAACCAUGUACUGGACUUCCUGCGGUACCUCGACCAGUUCGGAAAGACUAAGGUUCACUUACAUGGAUGCGUCUUCUUCGGCCAGCCAGACCCACCUGCUCCUUGCACGUGUCCUCUCAGGCAGGCCUGGGGGAGCCUCGACGCUCUAAUCGGACGGCUCCGAGCUGCCUAUGAGGAGCACGGUGGCUCACCUGACACCAACCCUUUUGGAAACGGAGCUAUUCGGGUGUAUUUGCGUGAAAUUAAGGAGUGUCAAGCCAAAGCAAGAGGUAUUCCAUAUAAGAAGAAAAAGAAGAAGAGGAAUCAAAUUAAGGCCAUCGACGAGGCAAAGGCUUCAAAGCAAGCAGCUUAAUUCCGAUCCCUUGGCUUGAGCAUCGCAUAAAUGGAUCAAACAAGUACAGGUCAAGAAGAUGGGAAGGUUACAGAAAAACAAAUAUUCAAAACUCUCAUCUAUGCUUCAAGAUAUGGUCCUUUCUUUAAGAACUUAGCUUGUUAUAUGUUAGCGUACGUCCAGUUCUGAAUAAUCUUGUUAUAGCAAGGUAGUCGUAGCUGCCCGCAUUUUACGAGAAAUGUACCACCUUGUAGACUUCUUUAAGCAGGUAGCUACAGUACUAUACAUAUUAUUAUUUCUUUUGCUGAAAAAAGAGCGUAUCUAUUUUUAAGAAAUCCACCCAGAUUAAACUAAAAGAAAUUUUAUUAAUGAAAAUUUCUAUAUAUGUUUGAAUGAA